AUGGAUUCCCCAAACUCCUCAAUUCUCACUCCAGAACCGCCGCCAGAGCCAAAAGGAAAAAUCCUCAAUUUAUGGUCUCGAUGCAUCGCAAAGCCCACUUCUCUUCUCGGCUCAUCAAUUUUUCGUUUUUUGAGCCAAAUUGAUGUGAAAAAUCGGAUAGCAAGCUUGACAGUGAAAAGAGUUGAUCUUGUUUCGAAAUGCGUCAAACGCCUUCCAGACGUGUCGCUGAGCUGCCACGUCAGCGCAAGUUUCUCGCUGAACUCGGCCAAAAAUAAGGAAGAAGAUUUGGAAAAACAAGAGCGUUGCCGAAAAAUCGCGAAGAUAGAGCACGAAAUUCGAAAUUUGGAGCGACAUUUGGCGAGAGGAACGAGAGUUUGA